AUGGCCGACGGUGAAAACUGGUGGGGAGGUUGGUUUCAGCAGAGCUUCCAGGCUGUCAAAGAGAAGUCCUCCGAAGCCUUUGAGUUCAUAAAACGAGACCUGACAGAGUUCAGCACUGUGGUGCAGCAUGACACUGCCUGCUCACUCGUGGCAACAGCCACAGCUGUUAAAAACAAACUUGCUGUGGAAGGGUCGUCUGAAACCACAGAAAAAGUCAAGAAAAGUCUUUCCAGUUUCCUUGUAGCUACGGCAGCAGGAACUACAGAGGUCUAUGACAGCUCAAAGGCCCGUCUCUACAGUCUGCAGGCUGACCCCGCUACAUAUUGCAAUGAACCUGAUGGUACCACAGAGCAAUUUGACAACUGGUUGUGCAGUUUCAGUUUGGAGGAGAAGAAAGGAGAAAUCUCUGAACUUUUGGUCAACAGUCCAUCUAUACGAGCUCUUUACACCAAAAUGGUUCCUGCUGCUGUGUCGCAUUCAGAAUUCUGGCAAAGAUAUUUCUACAAAGUCUUCCAGCUGGACCAGGAGGAGGCACGAAGAGUGGCUUUGAAACAGAGAGCAGAGCAAAGCACGCAUACAGAGACCCUGGGAUGGGAAGAAGAGGAAGAGGAUGAUUUCCUCUGUGCCACUCCAACUUCAUAUCGACCAGCCCUAACGCCAACACUGGACCAGAGACCAUCAACACUGACAGAACCUUCUCUCUUAACUCCCGUCCUAUCUCCAAGUGAAGAACGCCUCUCAGUGAGCAGCGACAGUGUCAGUCUACCAACGCAGAUCGAUGUACAGCCAGAGCUACUUGUUACCGAGCGAGGCAAGAAAAUGACUGAGGUCUCUUUGGAAGACAUUACAAACACUGAUGACAAGCCAGAGAGAGCGUCGUUUCAACCAGAGGCUAAUCAUGAAGCAGUGUCAGGAGCCACAGUGAAACCAGAGGCUGUUAAAGAAGAUGGACCCCAGGAUAUAAGAGUGUUUGAGCUCAAUUCUGACAGUGGAAAAUCGACACCGUCCAAUAAUGGAAAAAAGGGGUCGAGCACAGAUGUUAGCGAAGAUUGGGAGAAGGACUUUGACCUGGAUAUGACAGAGGAGGAGGUUCAGAUGGCGCUUUCCAAAAUCGAUGCAUCGGGAGAGCAACUGGAUGAAGACUGGGAAAACUGGGAUUGA